AUGCUGUAGGUGUUGGAACAGGCAGUCAUACAUUGGCCAGCCAGCAGCCAUCAGUGUCCAGCAGUAGGCAGCCACUGGUAUCCAGCAGUAGGCCACUACAGAGUCAGACAAUGCAGACCCAGAAAAGUACAAUGGUUGGUCAAAGAAGGAAGCGUAUAAAGCCUGACAAAGAAGCAGAGAUAUAUAUCAGAAAACAGGAAGACAAACAAGGUUUUGUUGUCAAGGAAAUUCCUCUGAAAGGAAGAGGAGUAGUGACUACAGAGGAAUUUGACAAUGGAGAUUUCCUCUUGCAGUAUCCAGGAAAACUACUACCUGAAAGUGUGGCUGAAGCUCUGGAGGAGGAUGAAGGCCAUCCAAGUGUUUUUCGGUAUUUUUUCUCAUUCAAGGGAAAAACCAGCUGUUAUGAUGCCACAGAGGAAACAGAAAAGGGGCCUUCUUAUGGAAGACUUGUAAAUCAUGGGGAGCCACAUGAGCGCAACUGUAACAUGAAGGUUAUUUCUGUGGAAGAUGUACCGUACUUGUGCCUUUUUGCCUCAGAGACCAUAAGAGUUGGCAGUGAGCUACUUUAUGAUUAUGGUUUACCAGAUGCAAAGCUGCCAUGGAAACAUAUGGAGCAGCCCCCGUCUCCAUCUAGCAGCCCACUUGAUACUUCUCACCAGGAGCAGCCCCCGUCUCCAUCUAGCAGCCCGCUUGAUACUUCUCACCACGAGCAGCCCCUGUCUCCAUCUAGCAGCCCACUUGAUACUUCUCACCAGGAGCAGCCCCUGUCUCCAUCUAGCAGCCCACUCGAUACUUCUCACCAGGAGCAGCCCCCGUCUCCAUCAAGCAGCCCACUUGAUACUUCUCACCAGGAGCAGCCCCCGUCUCCAUCUAGCAGCCCGCUUGAUACUUCUCACCAGGAGCAGCCCCCGUCUCCAUCUAGCAGCCCGCUUGAUACUUCUCACCAGGAGCAGCCCCCGUCUCCAUCUAGCAGCCCACUUGAUACUUCUCACCAGGAGCAGCCCCCGUCUCCAUCUAGCAGCCCACUUGAUACUUCUCACCAGGAGCAGCCCCCGUCUCCAUCUAGCAGCCCACUUGAUACUUCUCACCAGGAGCAGCCCCCGUCUCCAUCUAGCAGCCCACUUGAUACUUCUCACCAGGAGCAGCCCCCGUCUCCAUCUAGCAGCCCACUUGAUACUUCUCACCAGGAGCAGCCCCCGUCUCCAUCUAGCAGCCCGCUUGAUACUUCUCACCAGGAGCAGCCCCCGUCUCCAUCUAGCAGCCCGCUUGAUACUUCUCACCAGGAGCAGCCCCCGUCUCCAUCUAGCAGCCCGCUUGAUACUUCUCACCAGGAGCAGCCCCCGUCUCCAUCUAGCAGCCCGCUUGAUACUUCUCACCAGGAGCAGCCCCCGUCUCCAUCUAGCAGCCCGCUUGAUACUUCUCACCAGGAGCAGCCCCUGUCUCCAUCUAGCAGCCCACUUGAUACCUUGUCUCAAAUUGUCCCUGAAUCACAUUACUUGCGGAUGCCAAAUGUCAGUGGAAAAUCUGGACAUAAAAUAACAGCUCGGUUUUCAAAACUAGACUGUUUAAAUGAAGUUGACAGCUUCUCUGAUUCAAGUGAUAAUUCUGUUUUAGACCCCACUUAUGAAUAUGAUCUUGAAAGUGAAAGUGAAUCUCAUGAUUCUCUGCCUGAAUGCAUAGAAACUUCAUCUGUCAAUGAGGAUGUGGCCUCUGGAGCCGAGUCCAAUAAAGCUGAAAGUGUAAUGUUUGAACUACCACAGAAGAAAGCCAAGAGAAAUUACUCAAAGCCAUCAAGAGUUUGCCCGUUCUGUCACAAGAGCUGUGGAGAGAAACUAACCAGACACAUAACACAAGUGCACAAACAUGAGAAAAGUGUGAAAGAUGCUUUGAAGCUCCCAAAAAAGGAAAGAAAUGUGGCCAUGUCUGUAUUCAAGAAACAGGGAAUUCUCCAUGCCAACCAAAAUCAAAUAAAAAAAAAGGACCCACAAUACCAGAGAGAGCGAAAAUGCAAUACAAAUGAUAAAAUGACUAUUUGUGGGUUAUGCAAAGGUUUUUAUUCAAAACCUUACUUCAAACGGCAUAAGAGGUAUUGCAGAGGUGAUACCGCUGCAGAAGCUUGUGCAGUGCCAGUAUCCUUACUGAUGUCAAAUGUCCAAGUCAAUGAGGAUGUCUCUGAAUUCACCACUGAAAUAUUGUCAAAGUUUCGUGAUGAUGAGAUUGGUGAAGUCUGCAGAACUGAUGAAGUCAUUACCAACAUAGGGCAACGAUUGUGGAGUAAGGAAAGGAGCAAACGGGACAAAAGGUCCCAGGUUCGGAAAUCUGUCAUGGCUAGCAUGCGCAGGCUAGCUUCACUAUAUGCAUUAUUCAAGCAGCAGCAUGCAAUCCAUGGGAACUCAGUCCUUCAAAAUGGAAAUGCAGGAGACAUGUUUGAUAGGCUUCAUUUUCAUGCUCUAAGUGAAGCCAUUACUGUGUACACUACUGGUGAAGAAAGUGGACAGUUAAAAUCUGGUUUGAAAUCUGGACUCUACUACCUUCUGAAAUUAGCAUGCAAAGUCACAAAAGCUACAUAUCUGUCAACAGGAGAUGACAGAGGUGCCGAAGAAAUUGACAAGUUCAUCGCAGUCCUGGAACUGAAUCACAGCUUUCUAUUUGGAGAUGCGACAUAUGCCAUUAAUAAGAAUCGGCAAGUCAAGCUCAGAAAGCCGGAUGCGUUGCCUCUUGAGGCUGACAUGCAGAAGCUAAGGACAUAUUCUGUUGAUGGAGUUCAGGAGAUAGUCAGCGAUGAAUAUCUUGUAUGGGAUAUCCAUAAUUUCAAGAACCUACGAGACAUGACUGUCUCCAGGCUAACAUUGUUUAAUGCUCGAAGAGGUGGGGAGCCGUGCAGGCUGAACCUGAGUGAAUGGGAGGAGGCCAAUGCAGAUGUAUGGAUUGACAAGCAAAGAGCAGAGGACAUAGAUGAUCCUCUAGAAAGGGACAUGCUUCAAAAUUUCAAAGUGGCGUAUCAGACCGGGAAAGGAAACAAUCACCUAGUUCCUGUUUUGUUUCCCAAAGAUACAGUGGAAGCAAUGCAACGUUUGUGCGACCCCGAAGUCAGGGAGAUGGUUGGCAUACCAAGUGAUAACACAUACGUCUUUGCAUGCACACAGAAGUCGAUGUCCCAUGUCACAGGCUGGCAUGCACUGAAUAGCAUAUGCAAGGCAGCAGGCAUCGUGAACAAGGCACAAAUCAAUGCCACUAAAAAUAGACAUAGAGUGAGCACAAUGUACGCUGCCUUUGAGUUGCCCGAGGCCAAGAGAGCUUUGUUUUUCAAGCACAUGGGACACUCAGGAAUGAUAAAUGAGAAUAUUUAUCAAACUCCAUUGGCCAUCCAGGAAGUAACGCAAGUUGGAAGUAUUCUUCAACACAUAGAUUCUGGUGUUGGAACAGGCAGUCAUACAUUGGCCAGCCAGCAGCCAUCAGUGUCCAGCAGUAGGCAGCCACUGGUAUCCAGCAGUAGGCCACUACAGAGUCAGACAAUGCAGACCCAGAAAAGUGUUGGAACAGGCAGUCAUACAUUGGCCAGCCAGCAGCCAUCAGUGUCCAGCAGUAGGCAGCCACUGGUAUCCAGCAGAAGGCCACUACAGAGUCUGACACUUAACACCAAGAGAAGCCGACGCAGAAGACCAGUGCCUUUUGUUGAGGAAAGUGAGAGUGACUGUGAAAACGCAAGUGAAUCAGCUAAUGCCAAGAAAGCCCGCAACUACACAAGAUGGAACAAAGCUCAUUCAGAAUUGGUUGCCAAGCAUUUCAGUGACAUCAUUAAAGGAAAAUCUUCAAGAUCUAUCCCAGGGAAAAAAGAAGUUGAGACGUUUCUGAAAGAGUACCAGCUGAGGUUCACUUGGCAGGCAGUCCGCAACAAAGUAAUGAACGAGCGGGUGAAAUGGGCGUGCAUUCUGGGGAAAAGAGCCGCAAGCUUUCAGUGAAGACUGGUACAAGCUGCUCGAUGCUUUGCUGUAGCAAGAGUGAAUAAGACGCAACUGUCUAAUAUCAUAUAUGAGUGUCCAUGGAGCUUGCUUUAUUGAGCAGCACAAUGAUGGUGACUGAUUUUCUUUGACUUAUGGGAUGUGAAUCACAUGCUGUUUUCACUGGAGUGUUCUGUUUUUUCAUCGACUGGGACGAAUACUUGACAUAAAACUUUGGCUGAUACAGCUAAUUAGUACACGUAAUUCUAUGGAGAUAAAUCUCUAACGUUUUUUCCUUCGAGUUGUCUUAAUAUUCGAGUUACACAAGAUCAGCAUGUGCGGUUUCUACUGUAUUUCAUUCAAUAAAGUUUGUAUUCUUGGACUCACCAAACAUUGUAGUGUUGUACAUGUAUAAUUUAUUAUUCCUCAAUAUUUUGAGCUUCAGUAUUUUAGGUGUCAUAAAAUGACACUUAUACCUGGUUUUGUUUCAAAUGUUUCUCUGAUGCUUAGAUUUUGUUUUGUUUUUAAAUAUUUGAAGAAAUUGUAGUGUAAUAGAACUUCUUGAGCCUUAUUAUAUCAAGUUGUAAGAAUGUCAGUUUAUCUCUCUUUUUCCUAUUCCUGGUUGCUUUUGGACUAUUCAGAACUCUGGGAGCACUGCCAUUACAAUGUGAACACUAUGCUGUUACAGAAAAGCAUGUAAAAAGUAUUGUUUUUCACAGGAUGAUGAUGUAUGUGUUUACCAUGAAAAGGUUAUCAAAAUUGCAAUUAUCAGGUAAAAGUCUAUACUUUUACAAUAUCUUUACUUUCUUAGGGUGGGAAAAAUUUGCCAAAUAACAUGUUUAGGGUAUCCUGAGACCGAAGUAUAAUUACUUAUUAAUGGUCUUUUUUGAAAUUUCAUGUGGUGGUCUUCACUUUAUUUUAUGACAGUGUCUCAUAAAAUGAAACUUGCAUGUAUACUUGGUUUUGUUUCAAAUAUUUCUCUGAAGUUUACAUCAGAAUAUAUUAUGUAAAUGAUAAUUAUAAUACCAAUAAUAAUAGAUAAAAAGAAACAAAAUUGUAGUAGGGCCCCCUAAAAAAUGUUACCCCCACAGGGCCCUUAUGGGUGCGUCGUGUGUCGUCCAUUGUGCGUAAACUUUGUACAUUUUAAUCUUCUUAUCCAGAACCAAUGAUAGGAUUCCAAUCAAACUUGACAGGAAUCAUCCUCAGGGGUAUAGGAACCAAAGUUGCUAAAAUGGUGGGCAUGGCCCCUAGGGGGCCCUGGGGGAUGACGCCAAAUGUAAAAAAUAUGUUAAUUGUAAACAUCUUCUUCUUAAGAUCCAGAACUAUGGUGUAAAGAUACCUCUAUUGAUACAGAAUGAAAGUUGUUCAUGACAUUUCUUUGGAUAGCCCCUGAGGGGGUCCUGUGGGGAUAACAUGUUGGGGGGAACUACCAGGUGAAAUGAGCAUUUUUUCUACUUCUUUUAAAUAAAUGAUUAUAUUUCAUCCAAAUGUGGUUGAAAUCAUUCUAAAGUGUAGGGGAUCCAUAGUUGCUUAUAAAUUACAAUUCAGCCCCAGGGGCCCAGUUGAAGGUCCCCAAGAGUAAUAAAUUAUGUAAAUGCCAAACAUCUACUCUAGAUCCAGAAGUAAGCCAUACCUGGUAUUAUGCUUACAGAUGCCUCAAUUUAUGAAGAAUACACAUUGUUCAUGACAUUUAUGUGGGUGGCCCCUGAGGGGCCAAGUGGGGGUAACUUGGGGGGGGGGGUGGCCUCCAGGAGAAACGAACAUUUUCAUAUCUCCUGUGGGUGCCAGAGAGAACAUGCGCCAGAUGUGAAUUGAUCGACCUCGGGUGAACGUUGUGCCCCCCUAGGGCUCUUGUUUGUUUCAGAUGCUUCUCUGUUAAUGAGAUUUUUUAUUCUCUCUUACAAUCUAUUGUAAAAAGUUGCAAUGUUAUAAAACUUCUUUGUGUGUUAAGUUGAAAUGGCAUUUAUAUCAAGUUGUUAGAAUGUUUCUCAUGUUUGUAAAUAUGGAAAUCCUGUUAAUUCUGGUUGAUGUUUGAGGAUUCAGAAGCCCAGAUGCACUGCCAUUCACGAUGUGGACAGUGCUGGUGUUUUUUUUCAAAGAAGGAUGAUGUAUAUGUUUAUGUGAAAAGUUUAUCAAAAUUUGCAAAUAUCAAAGUAAAAGGCUAUACAGUACAAUGUACUUUAAAAUUAGCGCUAUCUUUUGAGGGUUGGAAAACCUGAUCAAAUAAUAUGUCAUUAGAGUUUCCUUAGACUAAAGUACAUGUAUAAUUUAUUAUUCACAGUCCAUUUUGAAUUAAGAAAGUGUGAUGAGGCAUUAGAAAAUAUGCAUAAGGUAUUUCAUGAACGCAGGAUAUAAUUCUGAAAUUUCAGUCAUUAGUACAGAAUAAAGAACGGCCAUUCCGACAAUUUAACACCUUCUAAAAUUCUGUUUUAUCUGAAAUUUAGGUCAUUUGUUUUAACAUAACAUUCAUAUAGAAGUUUUAAAUGUACAGGGGUCUCCUACACACCAGGAAUCUCCUUGUUCCUAUUGUAUUAUAGGAAAAGCUGAGCCGUACAAACAUUUCGAUGUUGUUAUUGUAUCUGUAACUUUUUAGUAAGAUUAUCUUAAGGGCAUUUUCCAUACAUACUGGAAAGAAAAUAUUCAAAAUAAUUUGCAGAAAAGGUGGAAAUAUUGAAUAUUUGUAGAGCUGCACUAUGCACAUCACAAACCCUGUGUUGUUACUGCAUUAAAUUUAAAGAUAUACA